CCUCGUCGGCUCCUCGGCUCUAGUCGGUCUAUUGUUGUGCGUCUUUCAGGGCAGCUCUGACCCAUCAGCAGGCGGUGAUUUGUGGAUGUUUUAACUGUUUUGCUCGGCUCUCACUCCGCCAUAUUAAGCAGGCUUUGUCAGCCGGCGGUGGUUCAUGGUUUUAAAGGAAUAUAAAGGAUCCCAGCGGAGGACUUAGUAGUUAAUCGGUAUGGGACAGACGGAAGACUGAAGAGAGAGUCCACGUUAGACGCGCUGCUCCUGUCGGCUGCUUCCACUUCUUUGGGAUUGUCGACGAGGAAAAAGAAAAGCUCACGGGACGCAUGUAGCCGAAGCAAAACACUGCUAAGGUCGCUUUUUAUAAGCUGCUGCUGCAGGCCUCCUCAGCUGUUACAGGCCAACAACACAUUGCCACAGCUUGACGAUGGGUUGCGUCAGGAGUAAAGAGGACAAGGGCCCGGCGCUGAAGUACCGACCCGACAACUCCAACGCCACGCCGCUCAACAACCACCUGGGCCACUACGGGCCCGACCCCACCCUGAUGGGUCACUCGCCAGCUAUGAAGACGCACAACAACAGCUACAACAGUCACGCCGCCUCCCUCACGCCCUUCGGUGGGGCGUCAUCUAUCAUGACGCCAUUUGGCGGGGCCUCCACCUCCUUCACCUCAGUGGCUGUGAGCAGUCCCUUCCCCGGCAUCAUCACAGGUGGUGUCACAUUUUUCGUGGCGCUGUACGACUACGAAGCGAGGACGACGGAUGAUCUGUCAUUCAAAAAAGGGGAUCGCUUCCAGAUUAUCAACAACACGGAAGGCGACUGGUGGGAGGCUCGCUCCAUUAACACCGGACAGAAAGGUUACAUCCCCAGUAACUACGUGGCUCCAGCCGACUCCAUACAGGCUGAAGAAUGGUACUUUGGUAAAAUGGGCCGCAAAGACGCUGAGCGUCUCUUAUUGCUUCCAGGGAACCAGCGGGGAACUUUCUUGGCACGAGAGAGUGAGACGACCAAAGGUGCCUACUCUCUGUCUAUCCGGGACUGGGACGAGGUGAAGGGAGACAACGUCAAACACUACAAGAUCCGAAAGCUGGACAACGGAGGUUAUUACAUCACCACUCGGGCCCAGUUCGAGGCGCUACAGAAGCUGGUGAAACACUACACAGAACAUUCGGAUGGUCUGUGCUACAGGCUGACGACCGUGUGCCCCACGGUGAAGCCUCAGACUCAGGGACUUGCUAAGGACGCCUGGGAAAUCCCACGUGAGUCUCUCCGACUGGAGGUCAAACUCGGCCAGGGCUGCUUCGGAGAAGUCUGGAUGGGCACAUGGAAUGGCACAACUAAGGUGGCUAUUAAGACCCUGAAGCCGGGCACCAUGUCCCCAGAGGCCUUCCUGCAGGAGGCUCAGAUCAUGAAGAAACUCCGACACGACAAACUGGUGCCUCUCUAUGCCGUGGUGUCCGAGGAGCCCAUCUACAUUGUAACUGAAUUCAUGGGGAAAGGUAGUUUACUGGACUUCCUGAAGGAGGGAGAUGGCAAAUAUCUGAAGCUGCCCCAGCUGGUGGACAUGGCUGCACAGAUCGCAGACGGCAUGGCCUUCAUCGAGAGGAUGAACUACAUCCACAGGGACCUGAGAGCUGCCAACAUCCUGGUGGCUGAUAACUUGGUGUGUAAGAUCGCCGACUUUGGCCUGGCUCGGCUCAUCGAGGACAACGAGUACACCGCCAGACAAGGUGCCAAGUUCCCCAUCAAGUGGACGGCCCCUGAAGCUGCUCUGUACGGCCGCUUCACCAUCAAAUCAGACGUGUGGUCGUUUGGUAUACUACUGACUGAGCUGGUGACCAAGGGCAGAGUGCCAUACCCAGGUAUGGUGAACCGAGAGGUACUUGAGCAGGUAGAGCGAGGUUACCGGAUGCCCUGCCCCCAAGGGUGCCCCGAGUCCCUCCACGAGAUGAUGAAGCAUUGCUGGAAGAAGGAUCCAGACGAAAGGCCGACCUUCGAGUACAGCCAGUCCUUUUUGGAAGACUACUUCACAGCCACAGAGCCACAGUACCAGCCAGGGGACAACCUCUAGUCAUGGAGGCAAACUCAUACAGAGGUACACAGAACUUCAACAUGGGGGGAAAAGCCUGGAUGAGGCUGCAGAGAAAGAGAUUUUAAUGCUACAAACUAGUCCACAACCACACUGGUAUAUCUGCAAGAGCAAGAAGAACAUGUUGUCUGAAGUAGAGGGUUGUCCCCCGUGUACCCGGGGACCAAAUGUUUGGGGAAGUGUCCAACUUUGCAGAUUGGUGCUGGUACGUUAAGCUCUGGGAACCCUGCUAAUCAGUAUAAUCUACAUGGACUGGCCACAACACUGUGAUCAAAUCAAUGGCUACUUGCAGAUGCACCAUUUUAUACUUUUUUUUAAAUGAUACCUUUCCCCUCUCUCCUCCAAUUCCCCCCCCCCCCCCCCUUUUUAUUUCAUUUUACAACACAGUUGUUUGAUUUUGGAGUCUUUUUGUAUGUACAUGAGUUUGGUUUGAAUAUGUAUGUCGACAGGUUGUUUUCGAAGUAUGUGCCGCGGCGUCUGUAAAGCUUUUGACGGAGAAGAUAUGUGAGGUGAAGUAAAUGGACAGGUCGUACUUUUACGGAGGAGAGAAUGAACUGAGAGGUGUACAUAACAGUAUGUGCAAAAAGAUUUUAGCACGUGUGAUCAGGUUGGAUGAAUGAGAACAUGAGAAGACCGCGUUAAAAGAUCCUACAAAUUAUAUUUAACGCGGUCACUUGAAUGGAAAAUCACGUUGAUUUUUAUUACGCUUUUUUUUUCUUCUUUUUUUCUUAUUUAAACGGGGACUUGAAAUCAUAAAGAGGUAUUGUGAUAACGUACACUUCCUGUUUAACAUUUUAUAAAUGUUUUGAAAUGGACAUUUCAGCUGUGAAAUUUAAGUAAGUUUGAGUUCUGUCUGAAAUUAGCAUCUUCUGUCUGGUGCACGUUUCUGAUUGCUGUAAAAGACUCUUAACAUAUUUCUCCUUAUGUCGAACACAUCUUCGCAGUUUAACAUCACAGUGGGUGAGUUAUCCCCGUAUUAAGUGAUCCAAGAAUCUGUUAGAUCUUUUAAAUUCACAUCAUACAUGCAGCUUUAGUAUUUCUUUCUGUUCUUCCCACCAAAUUAUGACUUAACAUGCCUUCAAUGUCCUUAGUUCUGUGUCUGCUGGAGGGGAAGCUUAAUCCAAAGCCAACAACACAAAACCCAUCUUUUAAUUAGUAAAUGCAACUAUGCAAAGUCAACUAGUGAUGUUUUAUGGAAACGAAAAGUCUCAAAUGGUAUUCGCCUGCCUGCGUCAAGCUCACCCUUUAUGGUUUUCUUACUUCAAUCCCCAGUUGUAGAGAUGAUGGAUCACUUCUGGAGGGAAGUAAGUAGGACCAGACAAAAUAAACACCUCGCACACGCUGUGGUCAGGUCAGGGCUGUAGUGCUUUUAUAGAAUAUAAAAGUUCAAUAACAAAGUUCUUAGAGGUACUUCCACUGUCUGUCCAGCAGUUUGUGACCUGAGCAAGAUGUUAAGGCGUCUACUUAAUGUCAUUCAAUAAGUAAGCUGGACAAAGAUGUGAACAUUUGUUUUUUUGUAUUUCUUUCUGUGCGUCACUCACGAGAACCUAAUAUGUGAUUGUUCCUAAAGACGGGACUUGAACUAGUGGGGAGAUGAUAAUGAAAUUACUGAGAAUGGUAACUAAUAUUGAUUUUGUACAGAAAAAAUAAAAGAUUUACUCAAAAGUU